AUGCCAAAUAAACGUAAGAAAAAUACUUUGUCUUUGGAAACCAAAGUGCAGAUCUUGGAAAAACUUGACCAAGGUAUUCAAGGGAAGCGGUUAGCCCUAGAAUUUGAUGUGGCGCCAUCUGCAAUCACCUAUAUCAAAUCUAUGAAAUCAUCAAUUUUAAGCGCUGUUUCUAAUACCUAUCAUAAGGCUAACAAAAAAUCAUUGCAUAUCGCUGAAUAUCCAAAAAUGGAAGCAAGUCUUUAUAAGUGGUUUUUAAAUCAACGCGAAAAAAAGUCUACAUUAACUGGGCCUAUACUAAAGGAGAAAGCCAAACAAAUAUUCAAAGUGGAAUAUCCCGAUAAAGAUGAAAGUACAUUUAGCGCAAGUGAUGGAUGGUUUAGCAAAUUUAAAAAACAACACGGAAUACGUUUUUUAAAAAUUUGUGGCGAGAUUCUCUCUAGUGAUGUUGCUUCAGUCACCCCGUUUAUUCACAGAUUUCGUGCAAAAGUCGAUGAGAUGGGGCUAAUGGAGUCACAAAUAUAUAAUGUAGAUGAAACCGGAUUAUUUUACCGUUGUUUACCUGACAAAACAUACGUCUUUCUUUUCGAGAAAACCGCCCCCGGGUAUAAAAUCCAGAAGGAACGAAUUUCAGUGUUACUUGGUGUAAAUGCUGAUGGAUCACAUAAAUUAAUGCCAUUAGUAAUUGGAAAAGCAAAAAAACCAAGAAGUUUCCAAGGAUUCAAUAAUCCACUCCAUUACAACUUUUCAAAAAAUGCUUGGAUGACAUCUUGGAUUUUUCAUGAUUGGUUUCACAAGAUAUUUAUUCAUGAGGUGAUUCGUUUCUCUCAGGAAAAUAAUUUGCCUCCGAAGGCAAUUUUGCUAAUUGACAACUGCUCUGCUCAUGCACCAAUUGAGAAAUUUCAAAGCGACGAUGGAAAUAUAAUUGCAUUUUUCUUUCCACCAAAUGUAACAGCAACU